GUCUAUCCCACCAUCAACCACAAUAUUCUGUACAUACUCGAAAAAGCACUCUGUCACAGCAACUUCCCACUCCAGCUCCUGCUGUAUGAAUCCGAAACAAUCAGUUCUCACAGAGAAAAGAUGGUCAAGUGCUUCGUCCAUCUCGCCUACUCAAACGGGUGUUGUUCCUCAUUUGUAAAAUUUCUUAUGGAAAAAGAAGUCGAAACCUGCCAACUCAGCAGCCUGCUCUUCAGAGGAGACUCCCUCGCAUCCGCCGUCUUCAGCUACUACUCCCGCAUGGUCGCCUGUCACUAUCUGUUCAAGGUGCUCGCCAGAACCAUUCAAGAACUUGACUUCGUGUCCAAAGAGGCCCAAAAGCAAACGAAACAAGCCAACACCAGCCUGUUCGCCGUACAACUAGAAGUCGAUCCGGGACGGCUCUCAAAUGAAGAGCGCGAAGACUUCGACAUCGAUAUCAAUGCCGCCUCGCUGGUUCUCACCUGUCAAAAAGUUUACAGUGCCAUUGCAAAAAACAUUGAUUCUAUUCCUAUCGAGCUCAAAGACCUGCUCUCUUUCGUCUCUCAGCUCGUUGAAAAGAAAUUCGCAGCUCCUGAUGCCACCAGAGUGGCCGUCAGCAACCUAUUUUUCCUGAGGUUUCUUUGUCCUACCAUCGUCUGUCCCAGCAUAUGCGGCAUACUUCCUGAACCCCCAGACAAAAACCUUCAAAGACAGCUCAUGCUGAUAUGCAAGGUCAUCCAAGCUAUCGCCAGCGGUACCAUUCCCGGUACGAGGGAAAGCUAUCUCGACACGAUAACUCCUUGGGUCGCGAAGACCAUUCCAAAAAUGCAAGCAUUGCUGUCCAAGUUACAUGCAGGCCGCGCGUCUCAAGGCAGGGAAAUCCAGAUUCCCGAACCUGUUCGAAUCAACAAUUUGGUGUGGAUAUUGAAUCGCAUCAAGGACCCAGCCAAAUAUUCCAGUCUACAUAAGCUUCUUUCUGAGUGUGAAGAUCUCUCCGAAUUGCUGAUAGCUCUGGAAGCAAUCCAAACGGCCUACUCGAAAAAAACUCGUCAAAAAGUGCCGAAAGACAGAAAGGCCUGAAAGGAAGUUCUAAACGGUAAUUCAGACGUUAGAACUUGAUAUCUGAAAUUUUUACAGGAAAAUUCUUUUUGUCUUCCUCGCGACAAUUUGUUUUAGAGGCUACACGCUCAGACGUUUGUCUGCCUCUUUCACGCCGUAGAUGCUACCCACGCAGACAGUGGCUCUUCUGCGCUUCGAAUCCGCGUUAUGUCAAAUACUUACUUCCUCUGACUCGAACGGGCCGAGCAAAAGCAAAUACUCGCCGUACCUCAAGGUGAAUGCAGACAGGAAUGUUGUAUCGCGUCUGAAUAGGGCAGGUCUAUCACGACGCCGGAGCGGCAUGAUUUCACACGCAGAACAUGCGUACAUAUAUUUAUAGAUUUCAUACUUUAUCUGCAGUUUUUCACAAAUCUCGAGUCCUCUGGUGAGCAAUCCGCUUCUGCCCUCUCCAACAUCAGCUCCAUUGGAACCAGUACCUUCUCUCCAAGCUACGUGUCGACCAGUUCUACCAACGAGGGCCAGGGAAUGGGUCUCGCUUAAUGUGUUUUUUUGGCAUUUUCGCUUUUCCAAUACAUGGUUUCAUCUGGUAUUUUGUCAACUUCCCAGAUGUGCAGUCUUAAUCAGCGCAAGAAGCGCGAAGUAGUACCGACAUCAAGCGCAAAUGGUCCGUAGCAAAAGGCAAAAAUAGAGAACCAUUAACGGCCAUAUAAUGUGUCCCGGUUAUCAGGAACACUUCUUGCCAUGCCCUCAAUUGCGUGUGCAUUACAAAAAUUUCUGCACCUGAAUGUUGGGAUGACGUGUGAGUACGAUCAGGUUGUGCGUGGAGGCAUGGAGGACGGAGAACGUGGCCGCGAAUCGCAAUUAAGAAAGUUAAUCUGGAAUUCGCCGAUUUCGUGAGAUUCGUAGGAAAAAAAAAGACACUUCAUGAAAAAGUUGCAGAUGGCGCGCUCUACACCUACGGGUUCAAGGCUGGACAUAUUUCCAACGGUGGGUGCGUGCUGCAAUGCAACUAGAGGCCUUGAGGUGGUCGGACUCUUAUAUUUUUCAGUUUUCGGCUUUAGGCGGACAACUUUUUGUAGCGCGCUUAAGGGUCUUGACAUGGUUCCCGUUCAUGGCGGCCUUUAGUAAGCCUCGAAUUUUGAAUGUGACAUUGACGUUCAUUUUGUAAACUAUGGGUCUUACAACAAUUUAGCGCCCGUAGCGUCAAAGUCCGCUGUAUUCUAAAAAGCGCGGCAUACGCGCAUUUCAAGAAUAACUCUGUAUAGGCUCCUCUCUAUUGGCCCACGGACAAACAAGGUAGCGGUGUCGUGGUGGAGUUGUGCUGUGACUGAGCACAAGUUACCCAUUAUAUGGCCUUUACUUUUGCGUAGUAUCAAUACGGUGGAGGCUUUGCCGGAGCCUUGCUGCAAGCUCUUCUGGAUUGGGCACUGGAGGUCAGGUGGAAAUUGGCGCAGUUUGCGCUUCGGCCGAACGCAACGUUGGAAUUCGUAUGUGCGGUUUUUGACGUCAAGCUUUUCUGAGAAGCGCGCAUCUCCGUUCUCUGCACGGCCGACUUCGACAGUCGAGCUACGUGUAUAUGGAAGGACUGGAUGGCAAUUUUGAUGGCCAGGACACGUGUCUGGAGUGACACAGGCUCUGGCCGGUGCUUGGCGAGCUGAGCCGUGUAAGGGCGUAUUUUGCGUUGGGUGUUGUGUUUGUGAUUCGGGUAAAAAAAACAAAAAAAAAACAAAAAAAAACGGGCGUCUCGCAGAGCGGGCUUGCCCUCAAAAAAGGAACGAAAUGCACGCGGCCGUUGACGCGUUAGGUUCAA